UUCAGCGUUGUAAGCCAAGACUGUGAGGCAAGUUAGGUAGUGGGAGAGAAGUCUCAAUGGUUUCAUACACACACAGAUUUCAAUUGUUGUGCUUCUUUUAUUGGAUUUCUAAGUGUCUAAACUAGUGUUUCCAAUAUUCACUAUGGAUUACUUACUGUCGACACGUGCUAGGUUUAAAGGCCACGAGCCAGACUGAGAAAGUAAAACUUUUUGCGUUUUGUUUCUUAAACUUCGUGUGGCGAUUAGAAUCUAUCUAGUUGUAGAUCUACUGUGUUUUGCCAAUGUGAUCGUGUAGAAUCCCUACCACUCUGAUGAUCACCGAGGGGCCCUGAGCCUAGAAGUAUGUCCAACCGGUCUAAUAGGACUGACCACCCUAAGGCCGACCCCGAGCUUCUUACCAGAACUAGUUGGAUAAAUGCUGAACUCGCUUACAGACAAGUUAAAAGGGGUCGUGCAAAUGGGAAUACUUGUGCCUUGUGGUUAAGACUACAUCUACAGAAAUAUUUGUACAGCAUUGGAUGUUUGGUACAGUUACACUGUGGCAAAGUCACAUUCUUGGGAUUAUUGUUGCUGUCUCUUUGUUGUGUUGGAUUAAAAACUGGACAUUUGGAAACCAAUGUAGAGGAAUUAUGGGUUGAAGAAGGUGGACGCCUAGAAAAAGAGCUGCAGUAUAUGAAAGACACAAUCGGAGUUGGCAGUGGCACCAGCUACGAACUCAUUAUCCAGAGUCCUAAGAAAGGAGUCAGCCUUCUGAAUAUGGAGUCGGUCCUGUUUCACUACCAGGCGGUGCAAGCGGCCACAAAGAUCAAAGUGGAUAUUGAUGGCCUAACUUGGUCUUUCAAAGAUAUUUGUUACACACCCAGUUUUCCAGUAACAGAAAAUUCAUUUGUUGAUAUGAUAUUGGAAAGUAUAUUACCUUGUGUCAUAAUUACACCCAUUGAUUGCUUCUGGGAAGGGUCCAGAUUGUUAGGACCAGACCCACCAGUAUUGACUGGUGCUUUUUCUGGAGUACCUAGCUCAUUAACUUGGGAAAAUCUGGACCCACAAAAUAUCUUGCAGAAACUUGAGGCUUCUUCUGUAAAUAUUCCACUCAAUGCCAUGAGAGAUGCUUUUCAAAGGGCUGGUAUCACAACAGGGUAUCAAGAAAAACCUUGCUUAAACCCUAAAGACCUGGACUGUCCAAAAACUGCUGCUAACUAUAACUCUAGUCUUCCAGAUCUAAGUGCUGAAUUUACCAAGGGUUGUUCAGGUUUUGCCACUAAAUAUAUGCAAUGGGAACAUGAUCUGAUAUUUGGUGGUAUAAAAAAGAACAAGACUGGACAUAUUGUCAGAGUUGAAGCUUUCCAGAGCAUAUUACAGCUAAUGGCAGAGAAAGAUUUAUUUCAAUACUAUGAAGAUAACCAGAAAGUAUCCGGCAUUGACUGGACACAGCAGAAGGCACGGGCUGUGUUGGAGGCAUUUCAAAGAAAGUUUUCAAAGAUCAUGAACAAUUUUGGCAAUGAGACAAACAAAGAUAACCUGCAUGGAUUCUCCACAACUUCACUGAUGGAUAUGAUGAAAGAUUUGUCCAACAUCAGUGUCACUCGUGUGGUUCUGGGCUAUGUACUCAUGUUUAUCUAUGCCUGUGUUUCACUCCUUCGAUGGAAUGAUGCUGUCAACUCACAAAGUGGCAUAGGUAUGGCUGGAGUCAUCCUAGUGUCUCUCUCAGUGGCUGCUGGACUAGGGAUAUGCUCUGUACUGGGCAUCAACUUUAAUGCAUCCACAACACAGAUUAUUCCAUUCCUAACGCUGGGACUAGGUGUUGAUGACAUGUUUCUUAUAGCGCACACCUACUUUGAAAAUGUUGACCACGUACCAACCCAUGAAUUGACGGGAGAGGUGCUGAAGCGAUCUGGUGUGACUGUGUUGUUAACUUCUUUCAGCAACAUGUUGGCUUUUUUUACUGCUGCCAUCAUUCCUAUUCCCGCCUUGAGAGCUUUCACCUUACAGGCUGGUAUCUUAGUACUGUUCAAUUUGGGAUCAGUACUUCUAGUGUACCCUGCCAUAGUCAGCUUGGACCUGGUCAGAAGGGAAGAUAAAAGAAUUGAUGUCUUUUGUUGUUUUCAAAGUUCUGCUGGGUCUAAUGAUGUCAUUGAGCUACAGCCACAGUGUGAGGAUUUGGACACACUUAGCCAACAUCGUGAGCUAACAGACCUUCAGAGAGAGCCCAGUCCACCUCCUCCUUACACAGCCUCUGGUGGAACACAGCCUCCUUGCUAUGACACUGUCACAAGGUCUGAAUCUUCAGGAGCUGUUACAACAUUGGCCCCUAAUGAUGGAAUAUUUACAAGACGCCUAGAGUCUCCUCUUGGGUCUACUUGUCCAUCAACAACAUCAUCACGUCAGUGUCUGACAUCUGACAAUGGCAUAUCAUGUAAAGACAGAUGUGUCAAGGCACAGAAGGAGUGUCUCACUUGGACCCUCACUUGUCUUGCUGCUAAAGUCUAUGCUCCUUUUCUCCAGCGUACCUUUGUCAAGGUGACUGUCUUAGCUGCUUUCUUAGUGUUUCUGAUAUUGGGUGCCUGGGGCACAGCUCAGGUGAAGGAUGGUCUGGACCUAACUGACAUUGUUCCGAGGGAAACAGCUGAGUUUCAAUUUCUGGAAGCUCAAUCCAAAUAUUUUGGUUUCUACAGUAUUAAUAUGAUCACAAAGGGUGAUUUUGACUAUGCCAAUAACCAGCAAUUAUUGUAUGAUUACCACAAUGCUUUCUCAAAGGUGAAAAAAAUUAUCAAAAGAGAGGAUAACACACUGACUCCAUUUUGGUUGGAACUAUUUCGGCAGUGGCUCUUAGACUUGCAAAAUGCCUUUGAUAAAGACAAAGAUAACAAUCGCUUCUCUAAUGAUAGUUGGUUACCCAAUGCAUCCGAAGAUGCCAUUCUGGCAUAUAAACUCUUAAUUCAAACUGGGGAUGUUAAUAACCCAUAUAAUAAAAAUCUGGCAACCAAGAACCGUUUGGUAGAUGAUAAGGGCAUUAUUAAUCCAUCAGGCUUUUAUAAUUACCUGAGUGCUUGGACAACCAAUGAUGUGAUGGCAUACACUUACUCCAUGGCAAACUUUCAUCCACUACCAAAAGGUUGGCAGCAUGAUCCAACAGAUGGGAACUUAGAGGUUUAUAAGUCACAGCUGCUUGAAUUCACUCAGUUGCCUUUUUAUUUAACCAACUUGUCAUCUACAGAGGAAGUUAUUGAAGUGAUCACUGAAAUCCGAAAAAUGUGUGAUGAUUUCUCUAGUAAAGGGCUUCCAAAUUUCCCCAGUGGAGUUCCCUUCACUUUUUAUGAGCAGUAUAUCAAUCUACGUUUCUACCUCAUGUUAUCUUUGAUUUGUGUGUUGGUUGUUACUUUUGUGGUACUCACUGUUGUUUUGAUGAAUCCAUGGAUAGCUGCUAUUGUGGUGAUUGUGUUGGGUAUGAUGAUUGUUGAAUUGUUUGGCUUUAUGGGACUUGCUGGUAUCAAACUCAGUGCAGUCCCAGCAGUCAUCUUGAUAGUCUCUGUGGGCAUUGGAGUGGAAUUUACUUUACACUUGGCUGUGGGUUUUAUCACAGCCAUUGGAAGCAGGAAUCGCAGAAUGGCUAUGGCCUUGGAGCACACAUUCACACCAGUAGUUCAUGGAGCUAUCUCUACUUUCCUGGGCAUCCUGAUGCUUGUUGGCACUGAGUUUGAUUUUAUUGUCAAAUAUUUCUUUAAUGUCUUAGGUGCCCUUGUUCUAAUUGGGCUGCUCAAUGGCUUGAUGCUUUUGCCUGUCAUUCUCAGUAUUCUAGGACCCCAGGGAGAGGUUAUUCCUAAAGAUAAUGCUGACUGUCUGGCUUCGCCCACACCUGAGCCAUCUCCCAAAGCACACAGAUAUUCUGGACAUUCUCGACGUAGUACACGAAGAAUUUAUCCAAGAGUGAACUCUGACAUUUCCUUGUCUACCAUUUCGGAGGAGCCAACCCAGUACUCUUCACAUGAGAUCAUUGUCCAGCCUGAAGUUGUUGUUGAGACCACAACGCUGCCUGGCACCUGUCAUGACACAUCGCACCAUACUCACCAGAUUCCGUGCAGACCAAACAAUGGACAUAGCAGUGGACAGAGUAGCCUUGUAACUGUACAUAACAAUAGAUAUAAUUCUUCCCCACCCGAUUCCCCGCCUCCUCCCCCACCAUCCCACUUUACAAGAGUUAAAGCCACUGCUACUGUCAAGGUGGAAGUUCAUACUCCAAUACCAGGAUGUGUCAACCAAGAACAUACUUAUAAAAGUAAGAGGCGGAAGACAAGGGAGAGUGACAACAUCAGCAGUGGCAGUUCAGAUUCAGAUACAAGUUGGCAUAAACACAGUUCACAUAAAGACACUUCCUCUGUUUGUGAACGCCACCACUGUAAUAACCCAGGCUCCUGUUCCAAUCGGCUUCAACCGUCCACACCUCAGAGACACCACCGUAGGAGUAGUCGAGGAAAUAGUAGUCAGUCAGGAAAAUCUUCUGGCAACCGACAGAAUCAGUCCAGUAGGGGUAACAGAGAGGAUGAUAGCUCAGAUCAUGACUGUAGUCAAGUCUGAUAGACUGAAAAAAUUUGUUGUCAUUCGCUACCAGAUGUUAUUUUUAUUGUUUCAAAGCUAAUAACUAAGAUCUAACAACUGAACGUCUGCCAGGUCAUGUUUCCGGAUUAUGGGCUCUAGAAUAAUUACUUGUGUAACUUAACAUCUAAGGUCUAUUCAAACAAGAAGCAGUUAAUCUCACAUUGCAAACAGAGUUUUGUAAUGAGCAAAAGUCUUUUCAUUACAAUGUUAGAUCAAAAUUGUAAGUGAACCAUUACUUACAAAGUGUUGUGUUGUUAAUUUUCAUUCAGUGAAAGAACAAAAAUACAAAUGUUGAAUUAAAAUACUUACAGUAUAGAGCAAUUAAGUAUCAUAAACAAUGGUUUUGAUAAUGCAAAACAAAUUUCUGUAUUAUUCAGAAAUGUCUUUAAAAUGAGAUUCACUUUUAUCUAUAGUUUUUAGUACAGUCCAGCAAAUGUAAAUGAAACUGUUGUGCCAAAUGUGUUGAGAUUGAUGUAUAUUAUGUGUGUGCAGAGAGUUAUUGUUAUCAUUUUGAAAUGAGCCAGAAAGCCUAUGUUUCUGGACAACACACUGCUUCUGUUCAGCAGUAGCCUUAGACUCUGGCAUUACCGGUGCAUGAUGCUUAUAAUUUUAAGUAGUUGCAAUUCUAAGUGAAAAAAAGAAGUGAUCAUUGAAGUGGUCAACAUAGUAGACGUACCAAGUCUUUUCUUUGUCUCCUGAUAAUGAAGUACACUUAAGGUUGAUUUUUGUAAAUCAAAAAUUUUAAGAAAAAAAAAAAUAUUUUCAUGAGAUCACAUCCCUGCAUAAUAUAAACCACAAAGUGCCUUGCACAUGCUAAGUGUUUCAGCUUCUUUGAACUUUGUCAACUACAAAAUAAAAAAAAAGAAAACAUGCUGAUUCAUGAUUGUAAUUUAGGUGUCAAAUUUGUUUUUUGAUUAGUUUUGUUAUCUCAAUUUCACAUUGAAUUCUGAAUCAAUUGUCUUGUUUAGUUGUUAGAUUUGUUGUAAUUUAGAGUUUGUUUCAGUAGUAAUAGUAUGUAUAAAUUAUUUUUUGUAAAGAGAUUGUAUUUGUAAAUGUAUGUACAUUUAUAAAUAUUUGACAUUGUACAUUUUCACAACCUGUAUAUUGAAUGGGGCGGGUGGGAAUUUGUGUUGUUUUACUUUUUAACAGUUCAAGCUUUGCUAGUGGGAAUUUUCACAUAUGUACCCAAAGUCUAUCAAGCAUACUUCAAUGACUAUAUUAUAUAUAUAUAUAUACAUAUAUGUAUAUGUUAUAUCUGUAUGUGUGUGUGUGUAUAUAUAUAUGUAUACACAUAUCUAUGUAUAUAAGUAUACAUAUAUAUACAUACAUAUAUGUAUAUAUCUGUAUGUAUGUGUGUGUGUAUAUAUAUAAUAUAUAUAUAUAUAUAUAAUUGUUCUUGUCUUGUUAUGGAAAAGGCUCUUUGACUCUUUGUUUUUAUUGCCAAAUAUGUCUUAAGAGUUGUGAAGCAAAAAUUGGUUUUAUCCUAAUGAUAAUAAUUUACCCUGCUCUAAUUGUUGACAUUUAUAUGUGUCUGUGUAAAGCUUUCUUUAGCAUUGCUUUGAAAAGACUGUAAAUACUCAAUCACUGAAUAUUCUCCUUGACUUUUUUUUAGUAUGUGCUAAAAAUUCCCACAGCAAUCUGCUGACUGCUUUGCUCUACCUCUUUAUCCUAACGGAGAUGCCUUAAUGGAAGAUCUUUUUCAUUAGGGGGCUCCGCACAGUGCAAUGUGAUAACUUGACUUACCCCAAAGAAAAACAAAUAUUAUUGUUCAUUCUUCAUAUUAAUACUAUUGUGUGCUUGACUGUUUGUUUUUUUGUAUGUUGUAUGUGUGGGUACAUGGUUUGUAUGGUACUGUAUGAGUAAUGAGGUGGCUGUGGGAAUGUUUAUGUUUAAGAACUUAAACAGGAGCAUUGUUUAUAACGAAGACUGUGGUUGAUGGGUUCUAUAAAUAAUGGAAACUUAUUUAAAUGUCUUCCAUUUUUUGUAUGUUUUAAAAAAGGUGAUGAAUAUAUGUAUAUAUAAUGUGCACACUACUUUGAAUAUGUAAAAACAAAAAAAAGGUAAAUAGUGUCAGAAGGGUAGAUUUAAUGUGCUGUAAAUGGAAGAUGAAGGAAUGAUUACAGUGAUAUUAUUAACAGGAUCUAGGUGUAUGAAAGAUAUGUUAGAUUCAAGUUGUAUUAGCUGUAUUUAGAUGUAUGGAGAAUGUUUAAUUAGACUGAUAAUCAAAGAAUCUAGAUGUAUUAAUUUAAUGUUUGUCUAACAAUCUGUAUGUACAGAUUGUUGCCAGUACCACUGUGAUGUCAUUAGUUGUGUCCAUUAUGCAAGAAAGUUGAAUAGUUUUAGCUUCCAGCAAACAAUUUCAGGAAAACUUAAAGAUUAUUGUUUAUAUAUAUAUAUAUAUAUAUAUAUAUAUAUAUAUAUAUAUAUAUAUAUAUAUAUAUAUAUAUAUAUAUAUAUAUAUAUAUAUAUAUAUAUAUAUAUAUAUAUAUAUAUAUAUAUGAUUGACCCCAAAAAUAUUUUAGAAACAAUUGGGUAUUUUUUUAUUGAUUUGAAUUUAAUUAACAUUGCAAUAUUUAAAUUCUUUGUCGUUUAAAGUAGAAAGUCGUGUUGGUUUUUUUUGUUUGUUUUUUUUUGUUGAAAUUAGGGUAUGUCUCAGUUUAAAAAAAAAGAAAAAUGGCAUUAUUUUUAAAGAUUUUUAUCAAGUGUAUAAAUUUUAAGCCUCUCACUCCCAUUUUUCUGUAAGAUUUAUUUUGAAAUAUGCUUGCAUAUAAUUUACAUUUCUGAUGCAUUUUCAGUCUUCUCCCUCAGUCCUUAACUGUACGGGUAUUUGAUCAUAUCAGGUGUUCCUUUUUUCUUUUUAAAGUUUUGUUGAAUGUUAAAAUAGUCAGCUUAUAGUAAUGUGAACCUCACUAUGACAUUGUAUAACUUUUUUUUGUUUGUGAAUGAUGUAAUUUAAUUUGCUGAACAUGUGACCGUUGCUGUAGACUCUAGAUGCACCCCACCCCCCUUUUUUUUAUUAGUCCAUUUAAUUAUCAAAUUUGCAAGAUAUGUUAAUAUUUGAUUAAUUCAUUUGCUAAGCGGCAGUAUAUUAUUAGUUUCAAAUGAACUUUGUUCAUGUUUCACAUGAGAAAAUUGUUGUUUUGUUGUUUUUUUUCUCACUAAAGAAAAACAAUUAGACUUCAAAAAUGCCACUUUUUUUUUUCUCGCCAGCAUUUAUUAUCAGGUUCUUUUAUUUUUUUUGUUUACAUGAAACAUUUAAUAAGCAUUUGUAAUUUAUCCUAACGAUUAUGAUGUGCAAUAUAAUCUGUUCAGAAACUUUGACAAGUGCAUCACAUGACACAAUGAAACAGCAGCUUAUACAAAUGGUCAUUGACAACACCAUGUUCUGAUGCAUUUUUAUAUAUAUUUAUAUAUAUAUUUAUUUAUUGUUUAGACUCAUGUUUAAUCCCCCCCCCCUCAAGCCAAACAGAUUUUAUAUCGCUCCACUUAAUGACAGCAAGGACACUAGUAGCCAGAAAAGGAUUAAAUCUGUAGAGAGCUUGUCAACUAACCUUUUCACAUUUCAACUAAUUAGCAAAUUGUUUAUGGCAUGCAAAAAAAAACAACAAGAAUGUAUUUUGAUAAUGCAAAGACUUGUUUAGAUACUUAAAACCUAAAUUUGAGUACAUGAUACAUUUAACUCCACCAAAUAUAUUGACUUAUAAUUUCAAUUGUAAUUACAAUUUAGCUUCUGCAUAUUUCAAUUAAAACAAAAUAUUAAAUGAUUCAGAUUUUUACCAGUCCUCUGCCAUUUUCUUAAUCAUGAAAAGGUUUUAAUGCCUCAAGGCUACUUUCUGUUUGCAGAAUGAUUGUACAAUUAAUAAAAAGAUGUACAUAUUCUUAUUGGUCAAAUUCACUUAUGUUUUCAGAGCGAUUGUUUUAUUGAUGUAUGAAGUCAUGUCUUGGUAUACAUUGUUAACAAUAAAUUGAUUUUUAUAACCAAAAAUAUAUACCAAAAUAGUGUUAAAUAGUUUUUCAUUUCAUUUCCAAGAUUUAGUCCUAUUUAAAUAGUUCAGAAGUUCAUUUUACUGCAAAACAAGAUAUUUUCUUUUUAUUUCUGAACACUCAUUGGAGGACAUACUAAAAAAGAUGAUGUAACAUCUAUCCAGGGUUAUAAUGUAUUUGAUGACACAUGUCAGGAAAUCAAAGCCGUAAAACUACUAGGCUAUAUUACCAUAUUUUUGAAGUAGUUAAUUGUUCAACUUCCACAUGGAAAAUCAAUAAAAAUGUAUCUACAUAUUCAGCAACUGGCU